GUCUUCCACGUAAAUAUAGAGUAGAUAGCCAUACCGAGAAAAAAUCAUAUCCCCUAUUUACCCUGUGUUUCUAUCGAAAAGCGAAAUAAACCUUACCGUCCAAUCGACCAAAAAAGUGAGAAAUAUGGCAAAGUGUCGGGAAGAUGAAACAUUUGAGACUGAUGUCGAAUCAAUAGAAUCUUUAGCAGAAAUGUUUCGUUGCUGCGUUUGCCUGGACAAGUUAACGGACGCUUCGAUUUGCCCACAUUGUUCCAAGUUAUUUUGUUUUGGCUGCAUCCAAAAGUGGUUGACAAUCGACGCAAAAGAGCAAUGUCCCUACUGCCGAGCUCCUCUACAUAUUAGUGAGGUUGUCAAGUGCAGAUGGGGGCAAGAACUUAUAGAACAACUAGACUCUUUACGAAUCUUUAAUAAGAAAGUUACCGUUAAAAAGUGCGACAGACACGGUGAAAAAUUAUCUGUAUUUUGCGAAGCCUGUGAUAUUUGCAUUUGUCAUCAGUGCGCUCUAUGGACUGGCGAACACCAUUCGCAUGUCUUCCGUCCAGUUGAUGAAGUCUAUAAUGAACAAAUGAAACAUGUUAAUGAACUCAUUGGAGAAUUAAGAAAACGCCAUUGUGAAAUAAUUGGUAGUAUGCAAUCGAUUAGAAGAAACAUUGAUAAUGUACAAAGAGCGAAGGAACAAAGAGUCAGGGAAAUGAGAAAUGCUGUUGAAGAAAUGAUUGCCCACUUAGAAGCCCAGUUAAAGGGUAAAUUAGAAUCUCUGCAAGCUCAAAGAAAAGAUCUCGAAACUGAAAGUGAAAAACUAGAUACAUUCCUCAAAGAAUAUGAACGUCAAAAGAAGACGUAUUCAAAAAGUGAAAUGGUUGAACGUUCAUCGGAAAUAAAGGAGGAUUUACAAAAAUUUUUGUCAUCGAAUCAACCAAAAUUAGAAACGGUGUCAGUCUCAACCGACUUCCAAUCUGAAAUCGUUCCAUCAUAUGAUGUAGGAAUAUUUAAGGUAAAACCUUUUUCUCAGAAAAGAAAACGAGCUGCACCAGUUUUUAGCGAUGUUAUGCAAGCGGCUGGUCUGGCUUGGCGAUUGAAAGUUUACCCUGAUGGUAAUGGAGUUGUAAGAGGCAAUUAUCUAUCAGUUUUUCUAGAACUUCACUCUGGAUUCCAGGAAAGUUCAAAAUAUGAAUAUAAAAUUGAAUUACUGCAUCCUCAUUAUCAAAAUGAUCCGUCCAGGAAUGUGGUAAGAGAAUUCGCUUCAGAUUUUGAACAAGGAGAAUGUUGGGGAUAUAAUAGAUUUUACAGAUUGGAAUUAUUAACUAGCGAAAAUUUCCUUAACGAAGUCGAUGAUUCAAUAACACUAAGAUUCCAAGUUCGAUCUCCUAACUAUUAUCAAAAAUGCCGCGAUUUGGAGGCAUAUAUAAAACAAUUAGAAAAUACUAAUAACAAACUAAGAAUCGAAUUAACGGGUCUAAGAGACGAGAAUGAGAGAAACUCUAGAACAAAUAACGAACGAGAAGUUGCUACAGGCUGGAAUGCCACUGGAAGCGACGAUUUAGAAUUCGGACUGGAAGAGGAAGAUGAAUCUGAAGGUUCGGUUAGAGGUCCAUCUGCAGAAGAUCGUAUGAUUGAAAUGCAAAAAACUAUGGAUAUAGUAAGAAUGACUGCAGAAUUGGCAGAAAAUGCUGUAGCUAAUGAAGAAGAUGCCGCUCGCGUCAGGGAGGAUCAAAAUGAUGAUCAAUUAGAAGAAUUCCCUUUAGAGGACUCUGUACUUGAAUCAAGUUCAGAUUGUGGGGAGACAGGCACGCUAACGAAUGAAUUCUUUUAUUCUUCUGUUGGUUUUGAAAGAGAAGGAGAAAGAUCCGAUUCGGAUGAAGAAAGAAGAGAAGAAGGUGUUGAUAGUCUCGAAGACGUUCAAGCAUUCUUACAGUCAAUGGUGCAAAGUUCACGAAUGAACGAUAUGGUCUUUGGUCGUAGUCUUCUAAAGCAGAGCGAAGGAAAAGAGGGAACAGAGUAG